UGCAAAAUGUACGACACCGGCCGCCGUAAUACGUUAAAUGACUGUCGUGAAUCACUCUUGUUGCCAUGGACUUUUUUUCCGUUACAGACGGCAGAUCAAGAUGGCGGCUUUCGGCACUGAGCGGUGGUUGAGUGAGCUACCAAACCAUGCUAUUUUCCAAAAAAUAAGGGGGAAGUUGGAUUCAGAUCCUUUCUCAAAUGAAAGAGGGAUAGCUAAAAACCUGACAUUUUGUUUGGGUGGGGACUUGUUCGUGUGGGACGACAUAGACCGCGUGUUUUACACCACCAACUUGCGACAGCUGAACACGGAUGAGGGACGCGGCAGCGGGAACCACCAGUCCCUGCUGUGCAUCAACCCUCCUCUCUUUGACCUGUGCCAGGUGCUAGUCAGUCCUACUCAGCACCACGUGGCGCUCAUUGGGCAGCGAGGGGUCUCGGUGCUGGAGCUCCCUCAGCGGUGGGGCAAGAGGUCCGAGUUUGAGGGGGGGCGGAGCGAAGUUAACUGCAAAACCAUCCCGGUGGCGGAGCGCUUCUUCACCAGCUCCGCGUCGGUGAGUCUGCGGCAGGCGGCGUGGUACCCUAGCGAGGCCGACGAGCCCCACCUGGUGCUGCUCACAUCCGACAACGCCAUCCGGUUUUACGGCUUGAAGUCGCCCCAGACUCCAACCAAAGUCCUGUCAGUGUCGCAGUCUGAAGAUGACAGCGCCAGCCACCGUCCCGUCCGCUCCUACGCAGCAUCUCUCGGCGAGAUAGCUGUGGCGUUUGACUUCGGGCCGAUUUCAUCUCCCCUUCGGCAUUCACAUGGCUCAAAAGACCAGCUGGUCUACCCUCUCUACAUCCUCUAUGAAAAUGGGGAGACCUAUGUGAGCUACACGAGCCAGGUAAACGGUUUGAGUCUAACUAAACCUGCUGGACCCCUCCCCAUGUACCCCGCAGCAGAGGAUAACUAUGGCUAUGAUGCGUGUGCCAUCCUCUGCCUGCCAUGUGUGCCCAGCAUCCUGGUCAUUGCCACAGAAACGGGCACGCUGUACCACUGUGUGGUGCUGGAGUCUGAAGAAGAGGAGGAGGCGGGGGCGGUGGAGAAGUGGAUCCGAGGCCCGGGUGCUGUCCCGGCUCUCUACGUGUUUGAGUGUGUUGAGUUGGAGCUCACCCUCAAAGUAGCCACAGCAGAAGAUGAGGAGCCCCAGGAGUUGGAUUUCACCUGUCCUAUCAGACUGCACAGAGACCCCCUAUGCCAGCACAGGUACCACUGCACCCAUGAAGCAGGAGUGCACAGUGUGGGGCUAAUCUGGGUCAACAAGCUGCAGAACUUCCUUCGUUCGGGCGAGGAGGAUAAGGAUAGUCUGCAGGAGCUGGCUGCUGAGAAGCGCUGUAUUGUGGAGCACAUUCUUUGUACCAGACCCCUCCAGACCAGUCAGUCGUCUCCAGUUCUCGGCUUUUUGAUUGUGUCCGACCUCUCCUUGGGCGCCACCAUGAUCUGCAUCACCAGCACCUACGAGUGCAUCCUGUUGCCCCUGUUGAGCUCCAUUCGCCCCCCCCCCCCCCCCCUGCUCUGUUCACACCCAGGCCCAGGCUCUGGUAGCUCCCCUCUGCGCGGGCUGGCCAACGACUCCUUCGAGCAGCACAUCCGCAACAUCCUGGCUCGUAGCUCCACCAAUCCUCUCGUUCUCAAGGCCGGGGACAAGGAGACGUCACCGCCGCCUCCAGAGUGCCUGCAGCUUCUCAGCAGGGCCACGCAGGUCUUCCGCGAGGAGUACAUUCUCAAGCAGGACAUGGCCCGGGAAGAGCUGCAGAGGAGGGUGAAACUCCUGACAAGCCAGAAGAACAAGCAGCUGGAUGAGAUGACUCUGUGCAGGGAGGAGAGGAAGAGUCUGAGGGAGGCGGCGGAGAGGUUGGCGGACAAGUACGAGGACGCCAAGUAUCGACAGGAGACCAUCAUGAACAGGGUUAAGAAAGUGCUGGGCAGCCUGCAAAGCCAGCUGCCCAUACUGUCAAACAGCGAGAAGGAAAUGAAGAAGGAGCUAAGGACCAUCGGCGAUCAACUGAAGCACCUGGACAACUGCAUCAAACAGGUGAACAUGAAGAUGGAGUACCAGAAGAGACAGGUGGACAAAGACGUGCCGGCGGACAGGACGACGGUCUCGCUCAACGCCCAGCAGAAGAAGGUGGUUCAGGACGUCCUCAGAGAACAGGGACAGCAAAUUGGUGACAUGAUGAAACAAAUGAAAGACAUCAAAAGCCAUUUUAGUUUCUAAGCGCUACAGAAAAAUAUGUAUUGCUAACGAAUGGGGAAAAUAAGUCAAAUGCUUGUUCAUCUACUAAAAAUGAAAUUGGCUUUUUUGUGACAUUAGAAGCUGCUUUUGUCAUGAGUGAAUGUGCCAUGUGUGGAAUGGGUAUUUGAAUUGAAAUAUAUUUUAUAUACGCUCAUAUAACUUUACCUUUGAUACUACAUGUUGUUUGUCUCUUAUUAGGGAUGUGAUAAGUUUGCCUUAAUGUCUUAAAUAAGAUAGUCAUAUUUCUAACGUCAAUGUUUCAUAAUGUUAAGGUUCAAGUCGGUUGUUUAGAGCAGAAAAUGUCAUUCAGACAAGAAAAUGGGAAAUAUUUUUUGAACUAUUGAGCAUAUUUUGAUUCCUUUUUGGAUUAAUAAUAAAAAAUAAAAGUUGUCUGUACCAUC